AUGUCUUCGCCAGGAAUCCAACCCAAACUCGAGGAAGACGAGCUCGCCUUUGAAAUAGAGGACGAGGAUGUCCCAGUCAACAAAGUCACAAGUUUCAAUGGCAAGCUACAGCAAUUCCUACAUAAGGGAACGACAGUGCACUCAGCCCCAAGCCCCGCAAGCACCACUCUAUCGCAACGCCGCAUAAAAAUUACCAAUGCCGAACAUCAACCAGAAGCCACUAUAUCCAGCCCAAAGCGCAAGAAAACAAUAUGUGAGAUGGAGUCAGCUUCAACGAUCACAACCACAACCACAACCACCCCGCGCACCACCCGUUCACAAUCAACCAUAAUGACAACGCCUCCAUCCCCUAUCCUACCUCCUCAAACUCCAACCAACCGCAAGCGCAACAAACCAACCCCGAAGCCCCCACCCACACCCCCACUCCUAUCAGCUACAGAAUCCCUCCUCCGCGAUACAAUCCCCCCAAACCUGAUCCUCCUCCUCGUAGGCGUGAACCCAGGAAUAAUGACAGGAAUAACGGGGUACGCCUACGCACACCCGUCAAACCUAUUCUGGAAACUACUGUAUUCCUCCGGGAUAACAAGUGUCCGACACGUCCCAGCGGAUACAUACAAACUUCCCGCGCUGUAUAGUGUGGGCAACACGAACAUUGUGGAGCGCGCGACGCGCGACGCGAGUAUGCUCAGUCGUGCGGAGAUGGAUGCAGGUGUGCCUGUGCUGGAGGCCAAGGUUGCGGCACAGAGACCUGAGGUUGUUUGUCUUGUUGGGAAGAGUAUUUGGGAGGCUGUUUGGCGGGUUAGACAUGGGAGGGGGAUUCGGAAGGAGGAGUUUCGGUAUGGGUGGCAGGCGGAGACGGAGAAUAUGGGACGUGGUGAUGGGUGGGGUGGUGCGCCUAUUUUUGUCGCUACGACGACUAGUGGGCUUGCGGCUGGAAUGAAGCCUGCGGAGAAGGAGGCCGUUUGGGCGGAGCUGGGGAGUUGGGUUGUGAGGAGGAGGGCUGAGAGAGAGGUGGAAGCUGUUGUGGUUAAGGAUGAGGUGGUGAUCAAGGAGGAGGUUUGA